CAGAGUAGCAUCCCUUGCAAUCUCUCGGGUCCUCCCUUUAUAUACUAAACUUGAACACUGACAACAAACUUAGACUUAGAUUACUGGUAUACCAGAUUACUUACAUUAAGCUACAAUACUUGAUUACAUCUAUAGAUCUAGAUCUAUAAUAAAUAGUCUAUAUCGAUCUAGAUUAUUCUAGAUUAGAUCUGGCCUAGAUCUGUAGUAUUCUAUUCUAAGAAGGUUGGCAGUUGUUGGCUGAUAUUUUUUUUUCUAUCUAAAGCUAUUAUGGAUAGUUCUAAAGCUGAACCUGAUCAGAUAGUUCAAGAUCCAUCUUUGAAUGCUUUAGAAACUGAGAAAGACAUUAAAGAUUCACCUGAGAGUGCAGCAUUAGAGUGUGCUAGCAAAGAGAAAGGAUCCAUUGAAAUAGAAUCAACAAAACCUGAUGGUGAAGCCAAUGAAGGUGAAGUCAUGCCCAAUUCAUUAAAACUGACCUAUGUAACAGAAUUAUUGAUGAAUAAUAUCUAUUAUGAUACUGAUGUUUCUAUUGAUUCACACACUAUCCAGUUGUUAACAGAUGGGUUCAUGGCUAAAUUUUUACCAUCUUUGCAGAAAGCUAAGUCCACAAUUGAUCAGAUAAAAAAUAGUCAAAGUGUCCUGAUAGAAACAGUUAGUCAGGAGAUCUCAAAGUUUACUGAGUGUCACGCAUUAAAAGAUCUGGACAAAACAAUGGCAAAAGCAAAACUCUAUCAAAGUAAACUUAUGAAAUUAAGAAAGGAAAUGACAAAUCUUCAUGAAAAAUCUAGAAAAUUAAAGAAACGAGCAUUAAAACUCCAACAACAGAAGCAGAAAGAAGAGCUAACAAGGGCACAUAAUUUAGAGAAAGAAUAUGAAAAAGAGAGAAUGCUGACAGCUCGGCUGGCCCCAGCAUCGGAAUGAAGUUUUACUAAUCAGCUGAUUACAUUAGAUAUUCAUGAACAUUGUUCUUACAUUUUCAAAUGUGCAAUGCAGUUUUCUUUUUCUUGUUUGAAACUAUUAAAGCAGAAUCUAAAACUACAAAGUUUGUAGGUUAGAGAGAAAUUAGUACAGAACUCUUGAAAUCAUGUUGUGCAGUUCAAGUAAUUCAAAACAGCAGAGAGAAAAGAAGAAAUGAUAUGGAACUAUCUGGGCCUAAAUAGAGAUAGUGACAUUAACUUUACAUACAAACUCUGCACUUAAAGAGGUUAUAAAAUAGCCCUGCUCAAUUUUUUACCAGCUUAAAAAAAAAAGAGUAUGUCACUAAGUAUAGAAAACAAAAGAGCUCGACAUCCAAUUAACUAGAUUUGAACAUUCUCUCUUUUUUUUUAUUAUAAAUAUAUUUUUUUUUUAAUAUAUAUAAAAUGUGAUAGUUGUUUUGUAAGCAAGGGCUAUGUAUGUUAUUGCAUGAGUGUAAUAAAAUUUAGUUACCUUUGUUUCAUGAACUGAAAUCUAUUUUCAAUUGUAGCUCAAAAGACAAAGUUAUUUGUUAAUCAUGUGAAAUUAAUGUCUGGACCAAACUUGAAAUGUACAUAAAAUAUUUCAUUUAUUUGAUUUAUUUAUGAAAUUAAGGUGAUACUAAAAAAAAAACCAACCUUGUUGCCUGAACCUUCUAUUAACAAUCUAUUAACACCUUGAUACAAUCAGUGCUAAAUAUUUCUUGUUUUUUUUUCUGUUAAUAAAAAUAUAUAUUAUUAUAUUAUUAUUUAUAAAUAUAUUGUUUACAAAUUUCUAUCUGAAUCGGUAAAUUGCCUAAAUCAUUAUCUGAUGUGAACAUUUUUUUCCUUUUGCUAAUUAGCUUUUAAUCACCUGCCCCUUUCACUGUACAACUCCACUUUCAGAACUUGUGAUCUAUAGGGCAGAUGAUGUUAAGGUCAUCUGUGUCUGUGGCACACAGUUAAUGAGGGCGUCAUGUAGCUGGUCCCUUUCACUGACAAUCGUAAUUUUGAAAUGAAGCAUUAGUGAAAUUAUUUCAAACUUCAAAUGUUGACUUAUUUUAGUUAUGGAUUUAUUGCCAUCAUUGUCAUUGGAAAGGCUUACAUAAAGUCAACAUAACAUAUCUACUCAACAUUUGAGCUACAUAUAGCUUUCACUGUUGUUCAGUGUAAUAAUCAUUUCAUUCUGUUACUACAGAAAUGAGAAAUGAUUUUUAGAUUUAUAUGCAUUAUUUCCUAGUGUUAUUUUCUUUAUCCUGUACAUGUACACAUAAUAUCAUGGAUAAUGUACAGCUCACAUUUCUGAGUUUUUAGUUCUUUGGAAACUAUUUGAAAAAUGAGAGCCUUGUUGUUUACUCUUAUUUUAUGAAAUACGUUUUUUAUGCCAUGAAAAUGAAUGUCUGGCUUGUGAUAAUAUAGUAGAGAUUAUAGUGUACAUAAGGAAACUCAUGUGAACAAAGGAAGUCUAUUUUGUUUAAAAUUAUUAAAUUAUCUCCCUUACCCUAAAUUCACAAAAACAUUGCUGAGAAUAGGAAACAAACAAGAUUAGUUCCAUUGAAAAUACACAUUUAACAUAACAUAUAAUUUUUUUUAAGACUUCAAUUUAAGUUUUUUUUUUACUUAUCUUUAACAUUUCUGCUUUUCUUGAUUUUUUUUUUUCUUUUUGUGAGGAGUUGGAGAAGUUAUUAUAUUUUUUUGGGAUGGGGGUGGGGGAGGUAUUGAAAAUAAUUAUCUUUGUAGUUUAUUUUAAACAGUUUGUGAUUUGUAAGUUUUUAACAAAUAAAUUGGUAUGCAGCAAUAUUCAGUAACUAUUAAUUAUUUCAGAAUUGUAUAUAUGAAAUUGAAUGUCUGUAAAUAUUUUAUCAAUGAACCCAUGUUAUCAAUUUUAUAAAUUGUUGAAAGCUG